AUGACUAUCUUUAACAUGAAGACCACACUCGUUACCUUUUUUGCGGCACUUGCUGCUCACCAUUCUUUAGCAGCAGUGGUUCCUUCCGUUUCUGACCUCGUCUCUCGCGCUUCAUGCACGAACUCAGCUACCUCGAGAAGCUGCUGGGGAGACUAUUCAACUGAUACGGACUACUACUCGGUGACACCUAGCACUGGAGUCACGAGAGAGUACUACCUAUCAGUGGAGAAUACCACUGUAUCACCUGAUGGGUAUUCGCGUUUCGCUCUGACUUUCAACGGCACUGUGCCUGGUCCUACUAUCAUUGCCGAUUGGGGAGACAACCUUGUUAUCCACGUAACAAACAAUCUGGAAUACAACGGCACUGCCAUUCAUUGGCAUGGUAUUCGUCAGCUGAAAUCAGUUGAAUACGAUGGUGUUCCAGGUGUAACGCAAUGUCCCAUUGCCCCUGGAGACACCUUGACGUACAAAUUUCAAGCUACUCAAUAUGGAAGCACGUGGUACCACUCUCACUUCAGUCUCCAAUAUGGAGAUGGUCUACUUGGACCCAUCAUCAUCAAUGGACCUUCCACUGCAGAUUAUGACGAGGACCUUGGUGCAUUGUUCCUUUCAGACUGGUCCCAUACCCCAGUUUCUAAGUUGUGGGACUCCGCAAAGUUGGGAGCACCUCCAUCUUUGGAUACUGGUCUCAUCAACGGUACCAACACUUUCGACUGCACUAGUUCCACGGACGCCAAUUGUGUCGGUGGAGGCAAGAAGUUCGAGGCAACAUUCGAAGCUGGAAAAAAGUAUCGCUUCAGAGUUAUCAACAGUGCUGUGGAUGGUCAUUUCCAAUUCUCAAUUGACGGCCAUAACUUCACAGUCAUGGGAAAUGACCUAGUCCCAAUUGUUCCGUUUGUAACUGAUAGUUUACUCGUCAGUAUUGGACAAAGAUAUGAUAUCGUGGUAGAAGCCAGUGCUGCCUCCGGAGAUUACUGGCUUCGAGCAGGGUGGGUAUCGACAUGCUCAACCAAUGACGAUCCAGAUAACAUGACGGGAAUCAUCAGAUACGAUUCCACCAGCACCGCAGACCCAACAACCAACAGCACCGUAACCGCGAGCACCAGCUGUGGAGAUGUGCCUGCAGCCAGCCUCGUUCCUCAUCUCUCUAUGGACGUUGGAAACUUCUCUAGUGUAAACCAGGAAGAACUCAGUUUCGCAGUCCCCGACUACUUCCGCUGGACACUAAACAGCAGCUCUCUGGAGCUCAACUGGACAGAUCCAACGACUCUCAAAAUCUUCAAUAAUGAGACCAUCUGGCCCUCGGACUAUAAUGUCGAGGCUCUCAAUGCGACCUCUACCAGUGAUGUGUGGACAGUUUGGGUGAUCGAAGAUGAUACCGGAUUCGGAAUUACCCAUCCAAUCCACUUGCACGGACACGAUUUCUGGAUUAUUGCGCAAGAGACUGCUACUUUCGAUAUUAAUACCGUCAGCUGGAACCUUGACAAUCCACCGCGCCGUGAUGUCGCGUCUCUGCCAGGUAAUGGUUACCUCGCUAUUGCAUUCAAGAAGGAUAAUCCAGGCUCUUGGCUUAUGCAUUGCCACAUCGCAUGGCACGCAUCUGAAGGCUUUGCCAUGCAGUUUGUGGAGAGGCAAUCCGAGAUUGCCGUCACGAUGACGGAUACGAACACGUUUGAUGACACUUGCAGCGCCUGGAACACGUAUACACCUAAUGAGGCCUUUCCCCAGGAAGAUUCUGGAGUGUAG